AUGGCAAUAUCUGACCGACAUAAAACAAACGGCGACCACAACAUGAAGCUGUUUAGGCUCUGUCCGUUUUGGCAAACGGCAACUGACUCUUCCUCUUCAUCGUCUACACAUAACCUUAACCAGAGUCAUAACGGCAGCAGCAACAGUACCCGACACGUGGCGGUUAAUAGUAGCGGUUUGAAGCCAAUAACGGUGUCCUCUGUUGCACGAUCGCUUUUACCUUCUCGGCGUAGGCUCCGGCUUGAUCCUGCUAAUAAUCUCUACUUCCCUUAUGAACCCGGGAAGCAAGUCAAAAGUGCAGUAAGGUUAAAAAACACAAGCAAGUCUCAUGUUGCUUUUAAGUUUCAAACAACUGCACCGAAGAGCUGUUAUAUGCGUCCGCCUGGUGGUAUUCUUGCUCCAGGAGAAAGCCUUAUUGCGACGGUUUUCAAGUUUGUGGAGCAACCGGAGAACAAUGAAAAACAAAUGGACCAGAAGAGCAAGGUUAAAUUCAAGAUUGUGAGUUUGAAAGUGAAGGGAGGAUUGGAGUAUGUGCCUGAACUGUUUGAUGAACAAAAGGAUCAAGUAACAGUUGAGCGCAUAUUGCGGGUUGUGUUUUUAGAUGCAGAGCGUCUUAGUCCUGCAAUGGAGAAACUGAAGCGUCAGUUGGCUGAAGCAGAGGCUGCUCUUGAAGCACGCAAGAAACCUCCACCAGACACAGGGCCCCGUGUUGUUGGGGAAGGUCUCGUAAUAGAUGAAUGGAAAGAGCGGCGAGAAAAGUACCUGGCUCGACAACAGGUUGAAGCAGUAGAAUAG